AUGGCGGAGGGAGGUCAGUAUGAUGGUGGUAUGAACAGUUUUCCACCAGGAGACCCCCAGCUCAUUGCGCUGAUCGUGGAGCAGCUGAAAAAUAGAGGGCUUUUUGACGAGUUUCGACGGGACUGUCUGGCAGACGUUGACACCAAGCCGGCCUAUCAGAACCUUCGACAGAAAGUGGAUAACUUUGUGACCACAGACCUGGGCACUCAAGAGUGGACCUCCACCAUCAACAAAAACCAGAUGAGGAAUGGACUCAGGCAAAAAGUGGUGCAAUCGGGAAUGUUGGAGUCUGGUGUGGACCGAAUCAUAACUCAGAAAAGAGUGAGGACGGUCCGGUCGCUUCAAGUGCAGCCCCCCCUCCGGAACAGGGCGAAUUCGGAGAUCCUGCCCCAGCCCCAGCCGCUGUCUCUGGACCACACACCCCAUGAGGUGCCAUUUAAAAACCUCAAGCUGUGGAGGAGGAACAUCCGGGUCCUUGAAGACGUCUGGGAAAUAAUGCUUCCAGUUACGCCCGUUAAAACCAUCACAACAUCCGACUAG